AUGUUUUAUUUUGCAACAGAUGAGCAAGUUUUUGCAACUGGUCUUUUCUUUUCUGGAGUUGCAUGUCAGACAAUUGCUGAUUUCAUUAAUGAAAUUUUUUACAAUGGAAUCACCCCUGCAAACGAUAAUAAGGUAAGAAGAUGCGUGAGAGCUUCUCUCAAUGGUGAUAGAUUUGAAUUUGGUAAAGAAAACACAAAUGACGCAACAUUUUCAGAAGUUGAUGAAGUAAUUCUUAUGAAAUUCAUCGAGGAUUCUGUUGAAAAUGAUGAAGGAUUGACUCUUGCAGAUGCAACAAAGCACGCACGUCAAUUAGUAAUUGAGCGAAAUAAAUUUAUGCAGCUUUUCCUAUUCCUCCAAUUGCUAAAAAAAGAAGAAAAAGUCAAGGAGGAAUCAAUGAUCUAUUAG